AGCAUUUGGACAUCAAGCAGAAGAUCAAUACACUAAAUUGCUGGAGGAAACCCCUGACGAAGCACACAAGUGGUAUUACUUUAGCAGGUUUAAAAUGCAGCUUUAUAAUAACAUGAAACUUAAGAAAUCAAUGACUAUUAAAGACAUUACUGGAAAAAAUGAAUUGAAAGCUGUAGACGUGUUUGCCUUCUGUAUUGAGUAUAUAUGGAACACGCUUUUUCGAAGAAUAAAAGAGCAAAUUGCGAAUCUAAACGAAGAGAACAUUCAUUGGGUGCUCACAGUUCCGGCUAUUUGGAACGAGGAUGCACGACAAUUCAUGUUAGAAGCUGCAAAAAAGGCUGGAAUAGAGGAAGAGCGUUUAACACUUGCACUAGAACCAGAGGCAGCUGCAUUUUGUUGCAAGAGCGACGAGAUACAAAAACGGGCAACUGGGCAAGUUGGAAGAUUUGGAUCAUUUGAUACGGGUGCUAGAUUCCUAGUGGUAGAUCUUGGAGGGGGAACAGUCGAUAUUACAUCAAAUGAAAUCUUAGAAUCGGGACAAUUGAAGGAAAUACACAGCGCCUCUGGUGGACCGUGGGGUGGCAACAUUAUCAAUACUAGAAUAUGGAAACUCUUGCGAGGUAUUUUUGGUGAUAAAACAGUUACAAAGUUCAUUGCAGAACAUCGAGACGAUUACCUCGAACUUGCAAGAAAAGUUGAAUUGAAAAAGCGAACUGUUUCUUCUGAUGGAAAAAUGAGACUAGAGAUUCCAAGGUCGUUAAUUAUAGAGGCUAAUAAAUCCAAUCCGGACACGUUUGCUCAGGAAUAUAAGGAUAAGGUUAAACUAAUAAAAAAUAUGCUAAUUUUUUCACCCGAUGUUGUGCUGCAAAUUUUUAAAGACGGCAUCGACAAAAUCAUCAUUUAUGUGCAAGAUUUAUUGGACCAACCAAAAACAAAGGGGGUUUCAACUAUCCUUCUAGUUGGUGGAUACGCAUCAUGUGACCUUUUAAAGGAUGCAAUGAAAACAAAGUUUAAUAAUCUUACCGUCAUUUGUCCUCUUGAUCCGGAUUUAGCUGUAUUGAAGGGAGCAGUUAUUAUUGGUCACAUGGACACUCCUAUUGUUGGCAGAAUUGCUAAGUUUCAUUACGGAAUUGCGAUGGUGCCUGGUAUCGAACAGUCGCCACCAUUGACUUCAACUAUAGAAAAAUUCCAUACAAUCAUUCGGAAAGGUCAGCCGAUCCAGAUUAAUGAAGUAGUCACUGGAUACGAUUUUCCGAUAACGUUCAACAAGGAAGAAGCUUUUAUACAGAUUUACGCCUCCGAUGAUGAAGAGCCACCAAAAAUAAUUUCUUCGGAUAACUGCAGGAAAAUUGGUCACAUCCGUAUAAAAUUGCCGAAAUUUAGAAGGGAAGCACGUCUUAAGAUAGGAAUAUCAACUAGUGAAACAGAAUUUAAAGUAGUUGCCAGAGAUGAACAUACGGGCAAAUGCUUUGAAGGUGUAUGCAGCUUUCUUAAUUAAACCUUUUAAAUUAAAGAAAUUGUUAUUCAGAUUGUACAGGACUACAUGUAGCAGCUGAUUUGUAUAUUACUUUUUCAAAUAGAUUUCUGUCAUUGAA